GGAUCUGAGGUUGUUACUGUAAUAGGUGUAAGUAUUUCUUUCCUCUGUUUCAGCUGAGUUUUGAGAGUGAACUAUUCACAGCCAUUAAGAGACCUCCAAUUUAAUUUGUCAUCAUGCUUAUUCUGUAGUUCACAUUAAGUCCAGAGUACUGAAGGAGCUGAACAAGUGGACUUGUAGACAUCAGAUAGCUGGCCAUGGUUUUGGCCAUGGCGUCUCAGGAUGCUCAGAACUUCUUCCAGCCUCUCUCUUCCUGGAUAUCUCGGGUUUAUGAAGCUCUCCAGCAAGCAGGAGAUACGCUAUCUGCUUCGCUGGUUAACUUAAGCAAACAAGACUCUAAAUUGAGUGAAAAGCUAGACCAGGACUUAGAUGAUAUUCAGAUUCAGGAAGGUUACUUUGAAGAUGAAGAACAAGGCAAUGAUUGGCGUCAAGAGGAUGCAAAUCCCUUGUUUCUUGAAGUGGAUCAUUUCUCCUAUUGUAAUAGGGAUUUGCAGGACUCUGCCCAAAGUUCGAGCCCCAGACUUAGCCAACAUGCAAAGGACUCAUGUUCCAUAAUGUCCCAGUGGCCCAAUCAGACCCUUGAUGACCAAAAGCCACCACAUGUGCUUUCUUCUAUUGCUGAGGAAGAAUACCACCUUGAAAAACAAAGGAGUGACCUUCAACACAGCUUUGACAGCCAGCUCUCUGGUAUUUUAGAAAAUGUUAAUGGAAAAAAGCAAGUUAACAGCGUUGGAGAUGAUGAAGAGCCAUGCACAUCUUCUGACAGUGACGAAGAGGUGAUCAAACAAUUUGAGAUUUCUGUGUCCCGGUCCCAGAGUUUCCAUUCAGAAGCAUCUGAAAAAGGAAAGCAGGUGGGAUUGGAACAAAAAUCAAAAUUCAGCCACCUGCUCUCUACCCAUGAGGAGGAUAACACAGAAGUGUCUGCCUGCGAAGAUUUGGAUGGAGCCAGCCAGCUGAGUUAUUCUGAGAAUCUGUCCUACGGUGAAGAUGACCCUGUUUCUGCCCAUUCACAGUCCCCAUGUGAGGUGGGGAACACCAGGCACCAUGGCACAGCUCCCCAAGAGACCAGUGUGCCUCGCAGCCUCAGUCACCAGUCCACAGAAGGCAGCUUGGAAUUGGAGACAGCCUUUAAUAACCAGGGAUUUGAAGAGUCCUAUGCUGCUGAUAGCUCUUCCAUGUGGAGUCCAGAGGAACAGGAUGGGGCCAAUUUCCAGGUGCCAGCUGGGGUCUUGGAGCCCAUCUCAAAAUGUGGUGACCUGGAUGUCAUCUUUGAAUAUAGAGCCUCCAGCCAGAAGCUCACAGUGACCAUUGUGAGAGCACAGGGCCUCCCAGAUAAGGACCGAAGUGGUGUCAACUCCUGGCAAGUUCACGUAGUGCUUCUGCCCAGUAAGAAACAGAGGGGCAGGACAAGCAUACAGAGAGGCCCCAACCCUGUCUUCACGGAGAAGGUCACCUUCACCAAGCUGGAGCCCAGAUAUGUGGCUGCCUGUGCUGCCCGCUUCCGUCUGUAUGCUGCCCGCAAGAUGACCCGUGAGAGAAUGAUGGGAGAGAAGCUAUUCCAUCUCAGCCACCUGCACCCAGAAGGGGAAAUGAAAGUGACUCUGGUUCUGGAGCCAAGAAGUAAUAUCAGCAGUGGAGAGUCUCCGCUCAGCCCAUCUGCAGUUUCUCACAGUGAUAGUGCUUCAUCCACGCAGUCGCUGUCUCAUGGAGGAGCGCCAGAGCUGUUGGUGGGGCUGUCCUACAAUGCCACAACGGGGCGAUUAUCCGUGGAAAUGAUCAAAGGCAGCCAUUUCCGAAACCUCGCUGUUAAUAGAGCGCCUGAUACAUAUGGAAAGCUCUUUCUUCUCAAUUCUGUGGGUCAUGAGAUGUCCCGCUGUAAGACGUCCAUUCGACGUGGUCAGCCCAAUCCAGUCUACAAGGAGACCUUUGCUUUCCAGGUGGCCCUCUUUCAGCUCUCUGAUGUCACACUGAUGAUUUCCGUUUAUAACAGGCGUACUAUGAAGCGUAAAGAGAUGAUUGGUUGGAUUGCUCUGGGCCAAAACAGUAGCGGAGAAGAGGAACAAGACCAUUGGGAGGAAAUGAAGGAAACCAAAGGCCAGCAAAUCUGCAGAUGGCACACCUUGCUCGAAUCCUAGUUUUGCCAGCAGGCAUUCGCAUGUGACAUCUGCCCUGGCCACCAGUGUUUUGGCCACUGAUACCAACUCAGCACAUGCUGGUAGGCGUUUUAAAGACAGGCUUACAAAUAGGUAUUAGAGUCUACUAACCUCUGGGACAUUCUGGGCAGGAUCUUUGGGUCUCUCAAAGGUUUGAUUUGGAUUCAGAUAUUAUAAUUUAAAAAAACACAUACACGGUCAAGUGUACUUUAUGGAAAAUUAACCACAGUUGGGAACCGUGAUGAUGAGUCAUUUUGUGUUAAUAGAUCAUUGAGUCUGGGUUCAACCUGAGGAAUGAAGUGUCUCUUGCUGUCUCUGUUUGCUUGAAGAGUAACCUGAGAUCGCAAGGGAGCUGUUAAAUUUCACUAUUUGUAACCAGGUAUGUGUAUGAAUCAGUAUUUUGUUAAUAUGGUGCCAAAACACCCCUACUAUGGAAAUGAAUUAGAGGCCAAGGCUCAUAAGAGAGUGUAACUGUCAUCCAUAAUCCCUAUUUUACAUUUUUCUUUCUGUGAAGAAAACUCAUUUAUUUACUUAAAAAAUAAAUGUUAUAAACUCAUACUUAUAAAACAAAUUUGUAUUCAUUAAAUACCUUUCUUUAUCUCACUUAUAUAUUGUGGUUUCCUAUGAGAUUUGGUUAGGUGAAUCAUUUUGAAGGUAAAACAGAGUCCAAAAACACUGUUGAAAGACAUCUUGUCUCCUUUUAAUAUGUAAGAUUUCCAACUUGUAAUUUUCAAGGUUUUUAUGCUAUUUUUCUCACCUAAUAAAUUCUUACAGAAUGAGAAGAAAACAAAAAAAACCCCGUAUUUAAGUCAUGGAUUUGUUGAUUUUCUGAAUCGAGUGUUCUCCUUUAGAUUAUACUUUUUCUAUAUUCAAGGAUAUAUACACAUACAUAUAUUUUGAAUGUACACCUGCAUGUAAACCUUAUUCUUUUUUAUGCAGUUAUUUUCCCUCAUUAGAGCAUAGUAAAUUGUAUAUAAUGUGUCCUUAAUAAACGUUGAUUUAAUUGACUCUU